AUGACCGUGCGCGUACAACAGACCUCGAACGACUACGGGAUCGUGGUGGAGCCACUGUCGGGCGAAGUGAUCGCCUGGCGGGGCGACCAGAUGAUUGCACGUUCAACGAGAGCGCGUGUCAUGUACGAGACCCGGCUCUCCCCUGUGGUCUAUUUUCCAGUAGAAGACAUUCUGGCCGAACUUGAACCGGCCCCGGCGCACAAAACCUUCUGCCCGUUCAAGGGGACGGCUUCCUAUAGCCAUGUUCGCCUUGGUGAAGACCUGUCGGAAAACGGCGCCUGGCAUUAUCCCAAGGCCUUGCCGGAAGGGCAGGCCGUUGAUGGGUGCUUUGCCUUCAUGCCGGGGGUCGCGACGCGGAUCGAGCACCAGGGCGCCGCGAUCGAUGAUCUUCCCGCCGGCAAUAUAUCCGGACCGGUCGUCGACUGGCUGCUUCGGGAAGCCUGGUUGGCAAAAUCUCCCGAAGAGCUUUUGGCCGCUCUGGGGAGCAAGCUGGUUGAAGACGGCAUUGCGGUCAGCCGGAUGAGCAUUCUCAUCUGGUCCCUUCAUCCGAUGAUUGCCGGACAGAACUGCCUCUGGCUCCGGGACGAAGACGAGGUAACCAGCCGCUACCCCUCUUAUGAAAUCCUGGAAAGCCCGAUCUUCAAGGAAAGCCCAUUCCAGCAUGUUGCCGACGGUCUGGGAGGUGUGCGGCAGAAACUCGAUACCAAUCCGGAUGAGUUCAAUUUCCCGAUCAUGGAAGAUCUGAAGGAGCAGGGUGUCACCGACUAUGUAGCGAUGCCGCUGCCCUUUUCCGACGGACGCAUUAACGUAUUGACGCUGGCCUCCGAUCACCCCAACGGGUUUACCACGGCCAAUCUCGGCCUGAUAUUCGAAUGCUCCGCGCUGAUCAGCCGAUUGUUUGAGGUUUUCGCGCUGACCUCCAACGCAACGACGCUGCUGGAGACCUAUCUUGGCAAGCGCACCGGCGCACGUGUCCUGGGCGGCGAAAUCCGUCGCGGUGACGGGGAUGUCAUCGAUGCGGCGAUCCUGUUUUGCGAUCUGCGCCAUUCAACGCGGCUGGAAACCGAACUCGGGCGGGACAGGUAUGUCGCCGUGCUCAACCGCUUCUUUGAAACUUCGACCGAUAUCGUCAAUGCUCACGAUGGUGAAGUCCUGAAAUUUAUCGGUGAUGCGGUGCUCGCCAUAUUCCCUGCCAGUGCAGGGCAUGCGCAGGCCUGCAGUCAGGCGGUUGCAAGCGCGGAGGAAAUUGUCGCUGCACUGGCGGAGCCUGACCCGGAAAUGGAGGACACGUCGCUCUCCUGCGCGAUCGGCGUUGCUUACGGCGACGUGACCUACGGCAAUGUCGGCUCUAAGGAGAGGCUGGAUUUUACGGUGAUCGGCAGUGCCGCCAACGUUGCCGCCCGUCUGGGCGACCACGGCAAGAUCAACGGCAAAUCAAUUGUCGUCUCCGAAGAGGUGGCAAAGGUUACCGAUUUUCCCGCGGAGAGUCUCGGCAGUUUAAGUCUGCGUAAUGUAUCGGAACCGGUCGAAGCGUUCGCAAUCACUCCGGAAACGACCGAGCGUCAAUAA